AGCUCUUGAGUCAUGGGGUUGUCAGAUUCCUCUGGGUGCUCGUCUCCAUCAGGCUGGUGGGAGUACUCAUGUUUAAGUGCGUCUUUUUUUGUCCUCAAGUGUUUUUUAAAAAGAAGCGGGUGUGGAGAAAUGGAGGGAAAGUGUGCACUGUGAACCAAAACUAUCAGCUUACACGUACACAUGAAACAACUUGUUUCAUGUAGCUGGAAGAAUGACCCAAGCUCACGUCCUCAUUCCUGGUAUGCCUCGAAGCUGACAGAGGAGGAGCCUCCUGAGAGAGAGGCUACCCAAGCCCCAGUCUGGCAGCCAAAGCAUGAAGCAAGGCCCAAAGAGUCGUCCACUCAAGGAGAUCAGAACAUUCAGCAUCAGCAAACCAGUCAGAUGAGCUCAGUGAAAAACAUGGAGAAACUUGAGCGUCCCUCACAUCUCUACCCAGCAGGUCGUCUUUCCCCAAAUAAAUACACCAGCAGUGCUGAGCCAAUCUGUGGACUGGGACCAGGCAAGAGGGACUCUGGGUUCAGCUGUUUCUCAAGUGGCUCCAGCCCCCCUGUUCAUGACCUUAAUGCAUCUGGUAGAAAGGGAACAAGCACUGAAAGCAUUUUCUUCAAGGGUGUUCACAAUGAAGGACCUCAGCAGAAUGAGCGGCCCAGAUAUCUGCAGCCAACACUGGGGAACGGAGGCUGGAAGGAGCAGCCAGCAUCUCGUGUUUCCAUUGCAGGGAGACCCAACGUAGGCCCAGUGUGGCAGGUACCAGACAGGAAAAAGUCUCAGUCUCCUCCUCCGCCACCUCCUCCCCUGCGUAGUGACAGUUUUGCAGCUACAAAGGUGUUUCCAUACUCUGAAGGUCCAGCAAAAAGCCACGGCACAUCAUUUGAAAAACUGCCAGAAAGUAACCACCACAGUGGCAUCAGAUCCCAUCAGGAGAAAUCCUCAGAAACCAGACGUAGCUUCAACCCAAUACCUGCCAAAGACUUCCUCCAUCCAAACAUGCCGGCUGAUUACAACCACAACCAGCUCAACCCCAACAAACACUUCUCUUUGUCCAGCAGUGAUGUCAGACAGUUUCAUUACACCCAACCACCUGCCCACCAGAGGCAGUUCAGUGAUGAAAGUCCCUUCUACUUCCUGCAGACUGGAAAGGCUCCUCCCACCAAGACUCAAAGUGUAGGAAGCUACUACCGCAGCCUCCAGGAUCUGCCCACAAAUGCUUUCAGCCGCAGGCAGAUGCCACACUCUGCAGCAUCCAUGGUAAGCACUGCUGCAAACCCAAACCUGGAGAGCGGAGGGCAUAAGAGAUACUACGGUCUUGCAAGUAAGACUGCGCAGUACAAGGCUAGGCAGGGCAAAACUGAAAGCCGGAUGACAGAAACAGAGAAACACCACUGGGUGAACAGCAAUGAAACAGGGUACCCAAGUUCCCUGAAGACUAACACUAAGGCAAAGUACUCACUGCCUCAGGCCCAAAUGCCUUAUAUUGAAAAUAAGGAAUGCCAUACCCAUUCCCACUUUGGGAAUGGACUUCACUACAACCACCAGACCUCUGAAAUUUCUGUUCAAAGACGUAGUCCAGAGGAUACUGCAAAGAGAGGUGAAGGUCACACUAAUGACAUGAAAAUACAGUUUCCAGUACAUCAAGUCAAAGAUCACAAGGCUAAUCUUCCAAGACAUCAAGACCCAUGGGUCCCUCAAGAAGACCAACGAAUAACCGCCCUGAAAACUCCACUCCUCCACUCCCUGACUCUGGAAAACAAGACUCUGGCAGCAACAACCACAACUGUCUUGUCCACCCAGGACACCAGUGACACCAUGGCUGCUAGCAGUGGAAAAGCAAAUCGCCGCAGUGACCGUUAUGCCACCACCCUUCGGAAAGAGAUCCAGCAGAAGCGAGCCCAGCUGCAAAAGAGCCGCAGUGCUGCAACUCUGACUUGUGAUGCAGAGGAUGAGGAUGCAGAAGAAUGGAGAUCUAUGGAAGCUUCUGCAUCUUCUGCUGCUUCCUAUUCAAAUACUUACAAGGACCACCUGAAAGAGGCGCAGGCCAGGGUCCUCCAGGCCACUUCCUUCCAGAGACGAGACCUAGAACCCCAGGGACCAGAGGCCUCUGUGCUUAAAACCUCAAAUGGGCGCGCUAGGGGACGUAAGCGAUGUCAACUGGCAAAGAGGACGCACUCUUUUUCAGAGCCUGAUAAAAUAGACAAAGUGGGAGUGGAAGGAGAAUCCCAAGCAGGCUCAUUUGGGGAGCGGAGGAAGUUCUUUGAGGCGAAACCAGCCUUUUCCAGGCCUGUACUGAAGUCAAGUCAGAGUGCAAACUCGAACACAGACCUGGAUGAGUCGGGCAAACCCAAAGGGAGAGCACCUUCUAUAGGGUCUGUUGAGCCUCCUCCAUCCACAGACCCCAACCACCUCAACCCUGGACAUAACGAAGUCUUACUAGAGCAGCAGAGGCUCGGAACAUUUGCUGAGUAUCAGGCCACAUGGAACAAGCAGAAGAAGUCAUCGGAAGGCAAGACGCAAGGGCGGUAUCACUCAGCGGAGAAUAUCUUAGAUGCAGGUGCAGAAGAGAAGGCCAUCUGCAUCCAUGAGAGAUCCAGAUCUUCGCCUUCUGCAGACUUCUAUACACAGAAAAUUCAUUCUGCUUGGAGAGACACUCAGGCCCAAAAGGGCAGUUCAGCUACCAGAGUGAAGUCGGAGAGUCAGAGUUAUGAGCCCGACCACAGCCCACAGCUGGUCGAGGGCCCCUCCCCAGGGCUCCCUGACCAAAGGACAAAUCCCGCUGCCAUUCCCGCCCACACCACACUGUCCUCCGGCCCUCGCAGCCUCAGCCCCAGCCCUGGUUCCAAGCACCCAGCCCAGCCGCCACAAACCCAGAGCCUCCUGCCGCCACCCAGGCCCCAUUUAGGCCUAGAAACCACAUCCUCCUCCCAGGAAUUCCUCGCUGGCGCCCAGGCAGAUCCGGCUGGAGUCCAGCCUCUGUCCAGCUCUGCCUCUGACACCCAGCACCAUGCUGCCACCUCCACUGCCGCUGCUGAUCAGGUCUCCUCUGCUGGCCCCGCCUCGGCCAGCUCCCCUCGCCUCAGAGAGAGGUCCUGUGCAGACGAGAGCAAAGCAGCUGAAGGACAUGAGGUGAAGGAACAGCCGGCUUCACCUUCUCCUUCCUCAUCCCCUCUCUCCUCCUCUUCCACCUCCUGCACGGCCCCUCUGCCUCUUCCCGGGCUCGAUGGAGCACGGUCCCCCUCGCCACAGUUUGCGCCACCGAGGCUGACCGACAGACCGCCCGCCGCGUCUGUGCAGAAUGACUCAAUGCUCAGGUCAGAAAGCGAAUCAAAGCGCCCCGCAGUGAUGGACGUUAGCGGUCAGGUGAGGAAAGUCCCCGUGAGGAUCAUUCACGCUGAGAGCAGCACAGGACGCGAGGGUCGAGCCUACCUGCCUCAGAACAGCGGGUCCUGCAGCCUGUCCGAGCUGCCACCACGCAUCCCUUCCCUGGGCGCCGCCGAGCGCUUGUCCUCAUCUCGGUUCAGCACCUACAACCGCCAGACGGCACAGGAGUCAGCCCCCAAGCCCAGUUCACCUGGGCCCCAACAUUCAGAGGAAGACGCCAAGAGAGAGGAGCUGGUGAGGGACAUUAUGGGUAAAGACAAGUCUCUGGUGGACAUACUGGACCAGAGUGGCAGGAAGACCACCAUGGACCUGAUGGAGGGGCUCUUCCCACCAGAGGAGGAGAUCCUGGAGGGGGCCCAGCAGCGCAGGAAGGCCUCAGCUGGAUCCAGACUGCUCACAUCGUCCCCCAGGAGCACAGACAGAAGGGAGGAGGAGGAAGUGUCUGUGUCAGCAGCCGCCUCGCUAGUCCCCAGCUCCUCCUACUAUAACACGUCAGCUCCUAAAGCUGAGCUCCUCAUCAAGAUGAAGGACAUGCAGGAGCAGCUGGAGGAGCAAGACUCAGAGGAUGAGCUGGAUGUUGAUCUGGUCAAUAAAAAGCAAGAGCUGAUCUCCAGCCUUGCGAAGAAGCUGGAGGUGCUGCGGGAGGCAAGGCAGAGCCUGCAGGAGGAUGUGGAGGACAACGAGGCUCUGGGCCGUGAGGUGGAGGCCAUCGUGCAGCGCGUCUGUCAGCCCAACCAGCUCGACAAGUUCCGCAUGUUCGUGGGAGACCUGGACAAGGUGGUGAGCCUGCUGCUGUCACUGUCGGGCCGGCUUGCCCGGGUGGAGAACGCCCUCAACAGCCUGGAGGAUGAAGCACCGCCAGAGGAGAAGCAAACCCUGACUGAGAAGCGAAAGCUGCUGAUGCGGCAGCACGAAGACGCCAAGGAGCUGAAGGAGAAUCUGGACCGUCGGGAACGACUGGUGUCCAGCAUCAUGGAGGCCCACCUGGACAUGGAGAGCCUGGACGACUACAGGCACUUCGUGAAGAUGAAGUCUGCGCUCAUCAUCGAGCAACGCAAGCUGGAAGAUAAGAUCAAGCUGGGCGAGGAGCAGCUGAAGUGCCUGUUGGACAGUCUGCCACUAGAGCAGAGGCCACUGCUCUGAAUCAGUCAAGAGGAUGAACCAUGUAGCAUUUUUAUAUGAACAUCUUUGAAUUGCGUGUGAGUUUAUGACCUCAGCCUAGAUUUGAUGCUGGUGAAGUUGCUGUUGUUUGUUAAAACCAAACUGAGGAGCCUCAGAAACCAAAUCAGACACCAGGAUUAGUCAGUUACACCUUAAACAGCUUAGAGUGGACCACCACUGAUUGUGAUUCUUGGACUCUCCUAGAGUAGCUUCACAUGACUCACAGGUUAAAAUUGUUCCUUUUUUUCCUUUUUUCUGGGCCCUGGUGCAGCACGACAACAGCUGUUUUACCUUCUAUAUGUCUGACUGGUUGCCCCUCGUAAACAGUGGGUGGGACUUCUCCACGACAUCAUUUAAAGCAAAGACUAGAAAAAAAACUGUCCAAAACCGAGUGUUUGGAUCUUUUGGGCCACGGGGAUGGCCAUACGUAGUAUGAACAUAAACAUAGAGCACAUAUAACAGGUCCACUUUAAAACUGUGGGGUGUUUUUGAUGGUCAGUUUUUACUCAGAAGGAUUCGACAACAACACAAAUGUGUUGUCAUUUGAUUAGUGGAAUCAUGCCAGGCAUGUUUGUCUUGGACAUACAGGGCGGCAAGAUACCUCUCUGCUUUGGUCUAUUUUUCACAUUAUUUUGCUGCUUAACAGACGUAAUUAAAGUCAGUAAUAGAUAAAACCAUUAUUGCAUGCCGGUGCUGUAUCAGAACUCCCCUUUUGGCAAAAUGGGCUCAGAGUGUCAGAACAUUACUCGUUACCCAAGCAGAGGCUGACAAAUACAUAUGAAACCAGAAACCAUAGACUGUAUAUAAAAGACGGAGGACCACAACGUCACCAUUUGGUUAGUGAAUUUCGCUUAUGAAGCCUUAGCUUGAGAUUUUUUGGUGUCUUUGUGCUUCAAAAGCAGACGUGUUGACAGAGGGUUGAACUUGACAGAGAAAUCAAAGACACUGUACACCCAUUGGCUAAUGACUCAUGAUUGACAAGUUGUUAGCCAAUGGUAUGCUCAUACUAAACUCAUGUGGCUACAGAGAGGAAGAGGAGUGCACUCAAUAGCUGGGCCCAAGUUACAGAGACAUAGUUGCAGAAUUUAACAUGAAUUUGUAUGAUUUCUCUCAGUUUUUCCCCAGCCCUCCCUUUUUUUCUGUCUUUAUAUUAAACCCACACUUCUUUAUAUUAAAAUAGGAGCCCCAGUGGCCCACAAAAUGGUGACCGCAAGCAUGUCUUGUUCUGAUCGUCAUUGGUGUCAGUAGACUGUCCUCUCAGUAGACAGGCUUAGUGACCCAGAGUGAAAUACUGAUAUCUUGGAAUAUAUUUAUCAAGCUGCACAGAAAACUUUGCGGCUUCAUGUGAAUAGGUCUUUGGCGAUUGAUCUGAUUGGUUGCCAUGUGUGUCACGUUUCAUUCAAAAAGACUUGAAAACAGUAACUGAAUAAUUAAGUGUUUACUUUGGUCACAAAGAUCUCUUUACUAUUAGCCCCCUUUACAACUGGAAGUCUUUUUAAACUAGAGGUAUCGCCCCCUGGUGCCCUUUAUUUUAAAAAAAAUGCAAGUUUAAGGUACUGCAGUGACGGCUUCCUGUUCCAACUUUUAUAUACAGUCUAUGCAAGGAACUCAAAGUACAGCUUUUUGUGGAAGAGCUGCGCCCCCUGUCUGUUUUGUGGAAUAAAGCAAACCAGCACAAAGUGAACCAACUCUAUGAUUUUAUCACACUAUUUAAACACCUAUUAGCCAAGGUCAAUAUAUUUAUCAAGUAAUAUUACAGUAAGGGUGAGUUUUAAUACAUACAUAUUUCUACACUGAGUGUUAAAUGCUGAUAGUGCUGCUCGCUGUGUGAAGCCUUUUUAAGCUAUGAAACUGAGCCUUUAUCUAGACCCUUGUGAAGUUUAAUACAUAGAACCGCCACCACACGUGAAUUAUGAUAUUUUCCUGAUUCCCCGUAUGAAAGCUGCGUUUCUUUUGCACCUCAUAAAACCAAAGCUCAUAAAACCGAAUUACGCUGUUACUUUGCUCACCCUGCAGUGUUUCCAGUCCCCUCUAAUGUUCUUUUUAUUUAACUUGCUGAAAGUGGCUGGGUCACGUAUGUUUUAUGUUUUUAAGGUAAUAUUUCGUAGUAAUUUAUUGUAAAGCUUUGUCUGGAAAUGUAUGUAAAGAAACACUUAACUGCUCAGCAAACGUUUCAACUUGGAUUACCCAGUGAAAAUCAUUUCUAAAAAAAAAAAGAAAGAAGGCAAGUUGUUUAAUUUUUUUUUUCAUGACAUACUUUUUUGUUGUCUAAUAAGAUUAGAAAGAACACGUUUGAAUCCAAAAUGGUAAAAAGAGUUACGAUCUGUUGAGGAAAAUAUUCUUCUAUUACAAACUGUUGCUUUCCAGAUGUUAUUUUUACAUGUGAUGCACAUCUCAUUUUAGAGUGAAGCUAUUUUAUUUAUGCCAGAAUAAAGGGUGAAUUUGAUAAAA